UCUCCAUAGACACCUGAGGAAGCACCGGCUCAGGCGCAAGCGCAGACGAGACCCAGGAAGCGCGGGGGGGGGGUGCGCGUGCGCCGUUUCUGAACUGGUCUGUUCCUUCGGCCGUCUGUACGCAGAGGAGAACGUUUUGCAGGGAAGAGGAGAAUUACUAAGCAUGGAGGACACAGAAGAGGACUACAUGUCUGAUUCCUUUAUUAAUGUUGUUCAGGACAUCAGGCCAGGAAUGCCCAUGCUGAGGCGUAUAAAAGAAACUUUUAAAAAAGAAGAAAAGCAAAAAGAAGUCAACAAAAAAAAUAGGCAAAAGAGUAUAAAAGAACAGGAAAAAGAGCAACGUGAUACUGCUUUAAACAUUGCAUUGGGAAAUGAGAAUAAAGGCUUUGCUAUGCUUCAAAAGAUGGGAUACAAAAGUGGUCAGCCUCUAGGCAAGAGUGGAAAAGGGAUUAUUGAGCCUAUUCCUUUGAACAUGAACCAAGGCAAAAGUGGGCUUGGCCAUGAAGAACUGAAAAAGCGAAAAGCUGAAGAGAAGAUGGAAAACUACAGAAGAAAACUUCAUAUGCAAAAACAAGCAGAAAAGCAGACGGCUGACCUUUUCAAAAUUAGAAUGAAAACCAAACAGGAGGAAAUGCAAGUGAAGCGGGACCUGGAGAAAAGCCAGAAAGCCUGCCACCAAUUAGAUAUGCAGAAAGGCCUGGAAGUUCCCAGAGAGGUUUGGUUCUGGUUAAGACGAAGUGAGCAAAAAGAUGUGGAACAGCAGGAAGAAGACGAGGACGAGGAGGAAGAUGACUUAAGCGCAUCAGAUAAAUUACAGAUCUUGACAGCAUAUUUAAGGGAACAUUAUCUGUACUGCAUCUGGUGUGGAACAGCCUAUGAAGAUCAAGAUGAUUUGUCUUCAAACUGCCCAGGAGACACUUUUGCAGAUCAUGAAUAAUUUUCAACGAGCAAACCAAGUGUUUGGAAUACUGCAAGAUCUAUAUGUACUAACAGUGAGGCCUGCAUACUUUUGAUAAGACAAAAGUUUUGUGGGAUUCUAUAUAAAAUGGCAUUUUUAUCUGUGAUGGUUAUGCAUUCCCCCCCUUUUGUCUUUUUCAUAAUAAAGUAUUCCCUACAAGGCUAA